CACAAGCAACGAUUACAUAAGAUUUUACACACUCCUUGAAGAUAUAUAUCAAACAAAUAUUCUGUCGGCUGACACCUUUAAUGUCUGAUCACUCUCCUCUCUAUUACUUUUGCAGUCCCUUGUAAUUUACUCAUCUUUUCAGUGAGUUCAAGAGUUCAUCUUUGAGGUUCUUGGUGAAGAUUUUUGUAUUGGAAAAGUUUCUGCAGAAAGAAAUUAGCUGAAAAGAUUUGAACUUUAGGGUUUUUGGGUGGCUUUAAGCUUGUAAUUGAAGAUGGGUCGGUUCAAUUGGGAGAUAUUUGGCCAAGUUCUUGUUGGAUUGAUGUCAACAUUGGUUGUUUGCCAGGGUUUUACAGAUCCUAGAGAUGUUGCAGCUAUCAAUAAUUUAUAUGGUGCUCUGGGAACCCCGCCUCUUAUUGGUUGGGUACAAGCUGGUGGCGACCCGUGUACCGAAGGUUGGCAAGGUGUACAAUGUGUAAAUGCCAACAUUACAGCAAUUGCUUUAAAUGGCGCAAAUUUGGGUGGUGUACUGGGUGAGAGCUUGGGGGUAUUUGCUUCUAUCAUACAAAUAGAUUUAGGCAAUAACCAUAUUGGGGGAAUCAUUCCAUCGAAUUUGCCAACUACAACGAGGAUCUUGUCUCUUUCAGGUAACCAAUUUACUGGAACCAUCCCUGAGACUUUUUCCACGUUAGGUCAAUUGACAGACAUGUCAUUGAGCAACAAUCAUUUGACGGGAGUUAUACCAGAUACUUUCCAACAGCUUACAGGGUUAAUUAAUUUGGAUUUGUCUGGCAACAAUUUGGAGGGUCAGCUACCUCCUUCACUGGGGAACUUAUUAUCACUUACCAAAUUGCACUUGCAGGACAAUCAACUCACAGGGACCCUUGAUGUUUUGCAAGACCUGCCAUUAAUAGAUUUGGAUGUUGAGAACAAUUUGUUCUCAGGACCUGUACCCGACAAGUUGCUGGGUAUUCCCAAUUUCAGGAGAGCUGGAAAUCCGUUCAACACUACAGUUCUUUCAUCACCACCAGCGUCGCCUCCUUCGGCACCACCAAUUGGCUCUCCACCUUCUGAGCAAGUCCCUAGAAUACGACCAAACGAGCCUUCUAAUCCAGAAACUUCGAGUUCUUCAAAAGGGGAAAACUUUUUGUCAAAACGAAUUGUUUGGAUUGUUGUAGCAGGAUUGGUCAUAGUUAUAGUGGUUGCCUUGGGACUUUGCCUUUGUAUGUCAAGGUGCUGUAAAGGAAGGCCAGUGACCAAAAAAGUUCCUAAGAGGCAUGAAAUGGAUGUUCACGAUGUCCCAGGGGAGAAGCCUAAGCACGAGACAUCAUUGCUGAAAACCAGUCACAACGAGAAUGCCCAAAAAGAUACCGAACCAAAAAAGGAGGUGGCUGCAGCAGUACCUAAGCGAAAUGAGGCGUCUGCAGUACCUAGGCGAAAUGAGGUGGCUGGAGUAUCUAAGCAAAAUGAUGUGGCUGAAGUAGCUAGGCAUAGAGAUGAGCAUGAAAUAGAUAUGCCAGUAUCAGAUGAAUACAUCCUGCCACCACCACCCCUACCUCCUCUAAAUAAUCCUUUUGAAAAGGUGAUUAUCAGGCCGAAUGUACCUCCAGUUCGAUCUAGAAAACAAUCUAUGGAGAAGCUGAGCUCUGUUAGGACCUUCUCCAUUGCAUCUCUUCAACAGUAUACAAAUAGUUUUUCUCAAGAAAAUCUUCUUGGAGGUGGAAAGCUGGGUACAGUUUAUAGAUCAGAGCUUCCUGAUGGGAAGUUACUGGCUGUAAAGAAACUGGAUGGCGCAGCUUCCAAGAAUCAGACUGAUGAUGAUUUUCUCGAGUUUGUCUCUAGAGUCUCUGAACUUCAGCAUGUUAACAUAGUUCAGCUUGUUGGUUUCUGUUGUGAGCAUGGACAAAGAUUACUUGUUUAUGAAUAUUGCGGUAAUGGAACGGUUUAUGAAGCACUGCACAUAGAUGAUGAAAUUCACAAAAACCUCUCAUGGAAUGCUAGGGUACGGUUGGCACUUCAAUCUGCAAGAGCUCUAGAGUAUCUGCACGAGGUUUGUCAACCACCCAUCGUCCAUCAGAAUUUCACGUCUGCCAAUGUUCUUCUUGAUGAUGGGUUUGCAGUACGCGUUUCAGAUUGUGGUUUGGCUCCAUUGAUAUCAUCUAAUUACGUAACUCAGUUCCAAGGUUCGGGUUAUGGUGCCCCAGAGCUUGAGAUGGGAAAUUAUACGUGCCAGAGUGAUGUUUACAGCUUUGGAGUUGUCAUGUUGGAACUACUUACCGGGAGGAAAGCUUAUGACAGGUCGUGCCCAAGAGGGGAGCAAUUUCUGGUUAGAUGGGCCGCUCCUCAGCUUCAUGAUAUAGAUGCGUUGUCAAGAAUGGUUGAUCCUUCGCUAAAAGGAACUUAUCCAUCGAAGUCUUUAUCUCGUUUGGCUGAUAUAAUAUCCUUGUGUGUGCAGCCGGAGCCAGAAUUCAGGCCACCAAUGUCCGAAAUUGUUGAGGACCUUCAACAUAUGGUUGGAAGAGCCCGAACAAGAGAUGACAUCUGAGAAUAAAUCAGAUCAAGAGAACAAACAACUUAGAUGCUUUUGCCUGUGUUAAAAUGCCGCGACUUCCCUCUAAUAUAGCAUAUAGCAUUGUCACUUCCUUCUAAAUGAUUUUGUCCGGAAGAACUUGCAUAUAUCUGUCACUUCCCUCUAAUUCUUCUGGUUCAAGUGGCUGAGGCCAUCAUUCAUGGCCUUGGUGAGAAUUUGUGUAUUCAAUUCAUUGAUUGUUGCUCCGUGUGACAAAUUUAUGUACUAAAGUUUUUGAAACGGUGUAUGAGCGAAAUUAUUUAUUGAUUAGUUAGAACAUAACAAAUUUCUGGAGUC